UGCCACCGCCCACCUCAGACUUCCUCCUUUACUUGGUUGGACACUACGCCACAUCCCACUGGCCUUGGACUGUGGUGUCCAGCAGCGUCAUCUGCAUCAUGGGGCGCCUCGGACCCUCCAAUGGACUCCUGCCUCUCCUCCUGGCUGUGGGUGGUUUCAGCCUUGUCCAGGCCCAGAGAGAAUGCAGCUGCUCCGCCGUGAGCCCCGGCAUCCUGGCGGGGAUCGUGCUGGGGGAUCUGGUGCUGACCCUCCUCAUCGCCCUGGCUGUGUACUCCCUGGGUCGGCUGGUCCCUCGGACACGUGGGGCCGUGGACGCAGUGACCCGGAAACAACACAUCGCUGAGACAGAGUCUGCUUAUCAGGAGCUCCAAGGCCAGAGGUCAGAUGUCUACAGCGACCUCAACACACAGAGGCAGUAUUACAAAUGAGCCCAAAUCAGGACAGUCAUCAACCCGAUGCCUGGAUCCAGUCAUUCCUGAUGCCUGCCCAGCACCCCUUUCUGCUCCCACCAGGAUACGGAUCCACAGAGUAUCCUCCAUGUCAGACCUCUCCCCACGACUGUCCCCAAAUAAACAUGGAGGACCUAA